UGGAGCUUUACGUUAGGUUCGAGGCAGAAUGACAGCUGAGAGUGUUGUAAAGGUGCAGCACUGCGGUCCGUAACAACACCGACAAUUACCCACGCACUUUAAAAACAAGGACCGACAACAUUUAAGCCUUUCACGCUCCUUUUCUGCCUCCACCUGGACAUUUCAGAGUGAAACGGAGGACAGCCGCCGUCAUUCUUGAGGAUAUUUAUAUUCUCCUUCUUUGCCGACAGAGAGAGCGAGAGCAAGAGAGAGAGAGAGAGAGAGAGGAAAAAGAUCCGGAUGUACCAGCAGUAUUGUUUUUUUUCGCAUGGCGUAGACACCUUUCCUUCAACGGAAUAUUGUUGAUGAUUGGAGGGUCGAAGGAGGCCCUCGGGUCGACAGCUAACACCAUUAACGUUAACUUCUCCUCGAUAGACAACCUAUUGAAGGAUUAAUUAACGAAAUGAUUGUGCAAUCAUAUUGAGGAAGAAGGUUUUAUAUCCUGCCUUGACUACCUGUGUUGUGACUGAAGAAAGAGAGAGAGAGAGAGACAGUAGAAGUCAGCAGGAAUAAUACAUUGUGUCUGUCUCCUGCCAUAAAAGCCCACAGAGGACGCUUUUCUUCUACAAACACCGAGGAGGAAAGAGGAGACAUUUGCUGUGUGAGAGCGGGGUGUAUGAACGUGUGAGCACCAGAAAAACCUCCAGGAUGUCGGGCAGCACCUCAGCGGACAUGAUAAAUCUGCGACUUAUUCUGGUCAGUGGAAAGACGAAAGAGUUCCUCUUCUCUCCUAACGACUCGGCUGCAGACAUUGCAAAACAUGUUUAUGACAACUGGCCAAUGGACUGGGAAGAGGAGCAAGUCAGCAGUCCAAACAUCCUGAGGCUGAUCUACCAGGGACGUUUUCUACACGGCAACGUAACACUAGGAGCCCUCAAGCUGCCCCUGGGGAGGACCACGGUGAUGCAUUUAGUUGCCAGAGAGACUUUGCCUGAGCCAAAUUCCCAAGGUCAAAGGAAUAGAGAGAAGACUGGGGAGAGUAACUGCUGCGUCAUUCUGUAAAUACACACCUGCGCUGCCAGCCCUCCGUUCUGCUAGUCCGUUCACGCCGUCAAUGUCCUGGACCCGAUGAGCUUGUCCUCUGUCCUGGAGCCUGUCUGCCACCCGGAUGCACCCACACCCACACACACACACACACACACCCACACACACACACACACACACACACACACACACACACACACACACACACACACACGCACGCACACACACACCUCCUUACCACCUUCAUUCACACAUUUACAGGUUAAGUAGGAUGUCAGCAGGCUCAGGCUAAUCCAAGACCGAAUUGGGGAGCAGGAAGUUGAUUAACAAUACAGUUGAUUCCUAUGCUGUACUUGAUUUGUUGUUUUUAACUGAAAAGUAGAAGAAGGAACUGGA